AUGUGGAAUAAAAUACGGAAGUUCGGGUUGGAGUACUGCGACCUGCCGUCUAUGAUAUGGAAUGUAGCCGUCUUCUUGAAGGUUCUCACACUGAAUGUGUAUGGCAAGAAGAAGACAGGUAUCCCAUUUAUCUUCUACAUAGUGGUAGUAGUGGCAGCUCUGUGCUACUUGUAUGUCUACCUGAUCUGCAUGGUGUGGUUCGUAUUCGUGAGGAGUUGGGAGACAGGAGACCUGGUUGCGGCCAUGGUGGUUCUCUCCUUGGGGAUCUCCAGCGAGAUCGGUACCCUGAAGUUGCUGUACAUGUUUUUGUAUAUUAAAGACAUUAGGAAUCUCACUGAUGCGUUCAUGGACUUUGACUCUCACAUGGUGCCAGGCAGCAGGAUGUACAUGAACCUGCUGAGGUACUUGCGCGAUGUGAAGAAGCGAGCCAUCUUUUAUUGGGCAGUGCUCAUGGGUAACGGGUGUCUCUACGUCACCAUGCCCAUGUUCCGCCCCGGCAGACACUUGACUGAAGAUAUGCUUGUGAUUUAUGGUUUAGAACCAAUGUUCGAGUCACCAAACUACGAGAUAGCAUGGUUCAUGAUGGCGGCCAGUGUUGCCACUAUAUGCUACAUAUCAGCCAAUGUCAGCGCCUACUUUAUAGUCAUCAUCGGUUACGCUGAGUCUCAAAUGCGCUCCCUCAGUGACGAAGUUACCCACGUAUGGAAAGAUGCGGAGAAACAUUUCGAAAAUUUAAACUUUGGAACCGAUCUUCAAGACGUUGAUUCAAAGAAAAUGAUAAUGAACGAACAUGUGUUUAAAAACCUGAAGUACAUUAUAAAACGACAUGCGACAAUCAAGACUCUGAUAAACCAAGUUGAGGAUGUGUGCAGUGGACCUACAGCCGUUGGAUUAACGUUCCUUCUUCUCGGUUUAAUAUCAGAACUCUUAGGAGGAUUGGAGAACACGUUUUUGCAGAUGCCCUUUGUUUUUAUGCAGGUUGGAACUGAUUGCUUUAUUGGACAGAGGAUCAUGGAUGCUGGAGAAGUAUUUGAAUGGGCGGUUUAUGAUUGUCAGUGGGAGAACUUUGAUCAUAAGAAUAUGAAGAUGAUAUUGCUAAUGCUGCAGAUUUCUCAGAAGACGCCCUCUAUUUCUGCUGGUGGUAUGACCAAGAUGAGCUUUAGGUGUUUGAUGGGAGCCAUGAGAGUCACUUAUUCAGCCUAUACUGCUUUCAGAUCUAUUAUGUAAAAAUGUUUAUGAGAAAUUAUUUAGAAAUAGAGGUUGUAGUUAUUAGA